AUGGCACCCGACAGAGGCACAACGCAGCCUCCCGCAGACUACCAAUCAAUCUCCACCCGCACAUCCGAAGACAAUGAUAAUGAUCUCGCGCUCCGCCGCAGACGAAGCGAUCAACGACGAUUCAUAGCUGCCCAUGCAAAAGAAGGGCAGAAUUUCACAACAGGAUGGGUCUCAUCCAUGGCUAUGCCUGCUUCACUUAUUGGAUUCGCAUUCUUCAAGACAUUAUCGAAACAUCUUGAUUUGCCAUUUACUCCUGUGGAAAAUGUAUUGGUGCAGACGGUGGCUGGAUCGAUGGGGACAAUGCCAUUGGGUUGUGGAUUCGUAGGGGUUAUGCCGGCGUUGAAUUAUAUGUUGACAACAGAAGAACAGGGGCCGGUUUUUUUGAGUACGUGGAAGCUUAUACUCUGGGCGUUGGGGUUAUGCUUUUUCGGGGUGGUGUUUGCGGUACCAUUGAGACGACAGGUCAUCAUCAAAGAGAAGCUGAAGUUUCCAUCUGGGACGGCGACGGCUUUGAUGAUUGGAGUUUUGCAUGGAAAGGAGACUACUGUGGGUGGACCUCCCGUCCCAAAUUCCAGGAACCUUAGUGAAAGAGACGGGAGUGAAUCCAGAGAUUUUACAGAUGAGAGCGCGGCGGACGUUGAAGAGGUGAGCAAGGGUGAGGACAGGGGCUGGAAAUCAAAGGUCAAGUUGUUGGUGAUCUCAUUCGCGAUAUCAGGGUUUUACACACUUGCAACUUAUUUCUUUCCCAUACUACGGAAGUUACCAAUUUUUGGGACUGCAAUUGCGCAAAAUUGGUUAUGGACUCUGAACCCAUCCCUCGCAUAUGUUGGACAGGGAAUUAUCAUGGGCCCAGCGACCACGACGCAUAUGCUUCUAGGGGCAAUUGUCGGUUGGGGAAUACUUUCUCCUCUGGCCAAAAAUAGGGGCUGGGCUCCUGGGCCAGUCAGUGACUGGGAAACAGGAAGCAAAGGCUGGAUUGUCUGGAUUUCCUUAGCUAUAAUGUUAGCGGAUUCAGUAAUCAGCCUUGGAUACAUUGCCAUUAGCCCUUUGGUCAAUAAUGGUGGUCAAUAUAUCAGUGAGGCUCAACAAAAAAUCAGGAGACGAGAUUGGAGCGGUCUUCUAUCAAUUGGAACACCACAAUCUACUACAGGAUAUGCUCCUAUAAAUGGAAGAGAAUCCUCAAACUGGCGGGAGCAACACCUAUCAAAUGCUGCUGAUGGGUCAUUGCAUCCUGGCAAUACUAUUCCGUCAGAAUCAAAAGAUAUGCCAGAUCUCGAUGCCCCUCCGGAACAUCUUGUUAAUUCCCGCACCGUCUGGAUUGGACUCAUCCUCUCGAUCCUCUUCUGUAUAUUCAGCAUUCGCGUCGUAUUUGGCGAGCUAGUUCCACUAUACGCGACCAUCAUCGCCGUUCUAAUGGCUCUCCUCCUCUCCAUCAUGGGUGUCCGAGCCCUCGGAGAAACAGACCUCAAUCCCGUCUCGGGAAUUUCCAAACUAGCCCAACUCUUUUUCGCCCUCAUCAUCCCCCAAUCCAACAAAAACUCGGUUCUCAUAAAUCUCAUCGCCGGCGCGGUUUCUGAAGCCGGCGCUCUACAAGCAGGUGAUCUGAUGCAAGAUCUCAAAACAGGUCAUCUAUUAGGUGCAGCCCCAAAUGCACAAUUCUGGGGCCAAAUCAUCGGGAGUGCUGUCGGUGCAGUCGUUAGCGCGUUGAUAUAUAAACUUUACACAAAUGUAUAUCAGGUUCCUGGUGAUCUUUUUCAGGUUCCUACGGGGUAUGUGUGGAUCUUCACGGCGAGACUCGUCACGGGGAAAGGAUUACCGCAUAUGGCUGCUGAGUGGGCCAUUGGUGCCGCAGUUAUCUUCACGGGGACUACGUUAUUAAGAGUUUAUGCCACAGGAACAAAAUGGCAUUCUUAUAUCCCGGGAGGGAUCGCCGUCGCUGUUGGCAUGUACAACACCCCCGCCUUUACUCUGGCCCGCGCAAUCGGCGGUUUCAUUAAUUUAUACUGGCGUUCAUAUCGCAAGAGAGAGGAAACUCCUAUUGUGGUGCUGGCUAGUGGCUUGAUUUUGGGAGAGGGCGUCCUUAGUAUUGUUAAUUUGGCGUUGGCGAGUGCGGGGGUGCCCCAUUUUUGA